AUGGCGUCGAAUGAGGUCAAGUUCGAUGUGCCCCUUACGCAGGGCUUUGGAUAUGGUAUUAUCCUGGGUCUGGGAUUUGCCUUUGCUUUGGUGAUGAUUUUUAUUACUUGGGCGCUUAAAAGAUACCAACAUGAAGUCCAAACAUCUGAGAUGUUCUCGACAGCCGGACGGUCCGUUAAGUCAGGGUUGGUUGCUGCUGCUGUCGUCAGUAGUUGGACUUGGGCUGCGACUCUUCUCCAAUCCACUGCCGUGACAUACAAGUAUGGCAUUUCGGGUCCAUUCUACUAUGCUUCAGGCGCAACCGUCCAGAUCAUCCUGUUUACGACCCUAGCCAUCGAACUCAAACGACGAGCUCCCAACGCCCACACCUUCCUCGAAGUCAUCCACGCCCGAUAUGGAACACCCGUCCACGUCGUCUUCAUCGUUUUUUGUCUAAUGACCAACAUUCUGGUCACCGCCAUGUUGCUCACCGGCGGCUCUGCAGUCUUGACAUCUUUGACGGGUGUUCAUACCGUGGCAGCGUGCUUCCUUCUUCCGAUUGGUGUUGUACUUUAUACUCUGUUUGGAGGAAUCAAGGCGACCUUCAUCACGGACUACAUGCAUACUGUGGUCAUUCUGGUAGUCAUCUUCCUUUUUGCGUUCUCAGCCUAUGCGACAAAUGCGACCCUGGGAUCGCCGGGGAGAGUAUAUGAUGCAUUGGUUGCUGCUGCUAAGCUUAACCCGGUUGAGGGCAACGCGGAGGGAAGUUAUUUGACUAUGCGGUCAAAGGAGGGUGGCAUCUUUUGGAUCAUUAACUUGAUUGGAAACUUUGGAACCGUCUUCCUCGACAAUGGAUACUACAACAAAGCUAUCGCCGCACACCCAGUCCAUGCCUUUCCCGGAUACGUCCUCGGUGGUCUCUGCUGGUUUGCCAUCCCAUGGCUAUGCGCUACUACUAUGGGAGUCUCUGCACUAGCCCUAGAAGGCAACCAGCGUCUGAGCUCCGAAGACGUGACUGCAGGUCUCGUGUUGCCCUUCGCCGCCGUCAAGUUACUAGGAUACAGUGGCGCUGUUGCGACAACACUCAUGAUGUUCAUGGCUGUGACGUCUGCAUUCUCAGCGCAGCUGAUCUCCGUUUCUUCCAUACUGACUUACGACAUCUACCAGGCCUACAUCGAGCCUCAUGCCAAGGGAAAGAAGCUGGUGUGGAUUUCCCACAUGGCAUGCAUUAUAUAUGCGCUUGCCAUGGCUGCGUUCGCGACAGGUCUUUACUACGCAGGAAUUGGAAUGGGCUAUCUCUACCUGCUGAUGGGAGUUAUUAUCUCCUCUGCCGUGUUCCCCGGUGCGAUGACACUGCUCUGGAAGGGUCAAAACUGGAUUGCUGCUGGUGUUUCGCCUGUUCUUGGGCUGGCCAUAUCGCUUAUUGCUUGGCUUGUGACUACAAGGAGGCAGUAUGGCAAUUUGAACGUCACUACUACCGGAGAAAACUACCCAAUGCUGGCUGGCAACGUCGCGGCCUUACUGUCUCCAGUGGUCAUCUCCCCAAUCCUAACCUACACCCUCGGCCCCCAAAACUACGACUACAAAUCCAUGCAAGCAAUCCGGCAAGUCGACGACACAGAAGUCCUCGCAGCAGCACACGCCGACCGUGAAUCCCUUCCACCAACCAACGUCCUCAACGCCGCCGACAAAACCAACCCAGCAAUAACCUCACAAACUCAGCCCCAGAUAAACCCCGAAGAAGAAGAAGAACGCAAACUCAACCGCGCAGCCCUCUACUCCCGAACCCUAACCAUCUUCAUGGUCCUCUGCUUCUUGAUCCUCUGGCCGAUCCCCAUGUACGCGUCGUCGUACGUCUUCAGUAAGCCAUUUUUCACGGGGUGGGUUGUUGUCGGGAUUAUGUGGCUGUUUGUGACGACAGGUGGGGUUGUGGUGUUUCCGCUUUGGGAGGGGAGGGAUAGUAUUGUGAGGACUGUGAGAUUGAUGGGGAGGGACUUCAUGGGUAUGAGCAGGAGGAAGCCUGUUGCUGAUAUUUCUGGGCUGGGGGAGGAGUCGGAGGAGGUUGUUGCCUAUGGGAAUGGGUUGAUGGAGGGGACGGGGGAUAAGAGGAAGGACGGGGGAUAA